AUGGAGAAAUUCAUGUUGCGAGCUCCUCGUGUUGUGAUCAUCUGCUGCGUGGUGAUUUCAGACGGCUGCGCUACUCAGGGGGAUUCAGCUGAUGUCAGCCAGGGAGGUAAGGAACUGGACCUGACACCUGGUUCUCCUCUGGUCUUCACCCAUAAGAUCAAACUAGUUCCGUCGGGUUCGGGUUCUGGAUCCGGGUCCUGCGGCUGUGAGGUGGAGUUCGCGGCCCUGCGGGAGCGUCUGGAGAGGCUGGAGAGGGAGGUGUCGUCCCUCAGGGAGAAAUGUGGAGCUGACGGAGGCUGCUGCACCUCCAAGGAGAGCAAAGGUGCCGGUUGCUCCAUCAAACCAGAGAUCGAGUGUCCCAACGAGUGUAGCGAUCAGGGUCGCUGCGUGGACGGAAAGUGCGUCUGCUUCCCUGGUUUCAGCGGGCCGGACUGCAGCGUGUCCAACUGUCCCGGAAACUGCAACGACAACGGGCGGUGUGUGAACGGACAGUGUGUGUGCGACCCUGGUUUCUCCGGCCCCGACUGCUCACAGAAGAGCUGCCCGGACGACUGCAACGACCGCGGCAGGUGUGUGAACGGCAGGUGCGUGUGCGACGCCGGAUUCGCUGGACCCAGCUGCUCGGACGCAUCCUGUCCUGGAAACUGCAAUAACAGGGGGCGCUGCGUGAACGGACAGUGUGUGUGUAAUCCAGGAUUCACCGGUCCGGACUGCUCCAAGAGGGCGUGUCCGAACAACUGCAGCGACCGCGGACGCUGUGUGAACGGGAAAUGUGUGUGCGACAGCGGGUCCACCGGCGCGGACUGCUCUGCGGAUUCAUGUCCAGGAAACUGCAACAACAGGGGGCGCUGCGUGAACGGACAGUGUGUGUGCAAUCCUGGAUUCACCGGACCAGACUGCUCAAAGCAGACGUGUCCUGAUAACUGCAACAACCGCGGCAGGUGUGUGAACGGUAAAUGCGUGUGCGACAGCGGGUUCACCGGUGCAGACUGCUCCGAGGCCGCCUGUCCUGAAAACUGCAACAGCAGGGGGCGCUGCGUCAACGGAGAGUGCGUUUGCGAUGAGGGAUUCGGCGGGCCAGACUGCUCUGAGAAAACGUGCCCGAACGACUGCUACGACCGCGGCAGGUGCGUUGACGGUAAAUGUGUGUGCGACAGCGGCUUCACCGGCGACGACUGCUCUGAGACUUCCUGUCCCGGAAACUGCAACAGCAGGGGGCGCUGCGUGAACGGACAGUGCGUUUGCGAUGAUGGAUUCACCGGAGCAGACUGCUCUGCAAAAGCUUGUCCCAAAAACUGCAACAACCGCGGGAAGUGCGUGAACGGGAAGUGCGUUUGUGACGUUGGCUUCGCCGGGCCGGACUGCGGCGCCAAAGGCUGCCCCACCAACUGCAACAACAAGGGGAGGUGUGUCAAAGGGAAGUGCGUGUGCCGGAGGGGGUUCACCGGACCGGACUGCAGCCAGUGUGAGGAUGGCAUGACCGGACCCAACUGCGAUAUCGUCAUGUCGGGGGUUCCUCAGCUGAGCGCCAGAGACGUCACAGAGACGUCCGUCACUCUAUUCUGGACUCCGCCUCGCGUCCAGUACGACACCUACUACAUCACCUUCACCAGCCAGAUAAUCAGACCAGAGCUCUUCUUCUUUUGA